AUGAAAGUAGAGGGAAAUAAACAGACAGGGAAAAAUGUAACCGAGAACGACAGCGAUGACGACGAUCAUGAUGAUGAUGAUGAUGAUGAUGAUGAUGAUGAUGAUGAUGAUGAUGAUGAUGAUGAUGAUGAUGAUGAUGAUGAUGAUGAUGAUGAUGAUGAUGAUGAUGAUGAUGAUGAUGAUGAUAGCGACGACGAGCAUUAG